AUGGAUCCCUUUUUCAUCUGCAAGGUUGCAAUUAUUGGCCGAUUUGACUCAUUUCACAUCCUCUUUCCUUCAACGGUUUGUUCCCUUGAAUUCGUCAUGUAUAGUUAUAAGCACCCAACGUUCUGCGUUCAUUUUCACAUUGCACGAUCACACUCGCUCAUCACUUCCUUGCUUCUCCUUGAACUUUCCCAUUCAGCCUACAGGAAACCACUUCUGAAUACCCCCUCCAAGCAAAUCAAACAGAAGAAAUGCCCCAAACCUUCCAAUUCGCGGUAGCAGCCGCCGUAAUUGCCUUUGGCGCCCCAUCAUUAGCCACUGAUUGCACAGCAACGGUCACAGUGAUCUCAACUGUUACUGCUUAUUCAAACACCUGCCAAAUGUCAAGUAGCUGUUUUACGAGCUCCUCUACAAGCCCCAGUUUGGCAACUUCUGCCCCUACCAUUUCAACAAGCUCGGUCACUUCUUCUCCCACUGUUCCUGCUACAACUACUCCCUUGGAUUGCCAACCCGACAAUUGUCUCCGUCACUUUCAGCGUUUCUCUAAUGACCUGUCACAAUUCUGCGCCACCUAUACCACAUCUGUUUCGACCGCUACAAGCUUUCCGUCUAUAGUGGAGAAUUGUGAUUCAAAUCCAUCCCGCGUCUCUUCCGCCUGCUCCUGCAUCAACACUUCUGCUACACCACCUCCAACAAUAUCUUCAACGAGUACACUCCUAAGCUCUACGACCUCUGCAGGACUCUCAAGUACCGCUUCGACAACAACCGCUGAUCCACCUCUCUCCUCGCUAGAUUGUCAGCCAGACAAUUGUCUACGCCAUUUCGACGGACACUCUUCUGAACUCGCUCCUUUCGGUGCAACUUAUACUACCUCUCCUUCUACUGCAACAUUAUUUCCCUCAAACGUCGUAAACUGUGACAAUUACCAUCAAGUCUCCUCGGCAUGCUCAUGUAUCAACACCAAAUAUCCAGGAGCAAUCGGUUACACCUCCACAAACCCACCCACGAGCUCAACAGUAUCUGGCAACUCAGGAGUCACAACACCAACCCCAUCACCGUCAUCAGCUUGUAGCGUCUCGGUGGUCUUUGAGACUCGAACGGAGGUGACGACUGUGUUCACAACUGUAUCAGUCACAAGUGAGAGUUUUGUAACAAGUACCUCUGAGAGCACUUCUUCCUCUUCUACGUGGACUUCGCUUGAGACUUCAUCUGCUGGAUGGUCUGAGGGGUGGGGACCAGGAUGGGGCGAGGGGUUCAAAGAGAAGAAGGGACCAGGUGGGCCGGUUCCAGCAGCUCAUGGUCCCUGGGGACGAUUCGGCUGGAGACUCUGA